AUGUUCCCAAACUCGGACCUUAUUCUCCUCACCCUUCUCCAUGCCUCAUUCGUUAUCUCUCUGCUACUCCUCGGUAUCCUCAUCACCCUUUUGCUUCUCUCAAUUGCUUUCUUUCUCGGACUUUUUCUACUUUUCCUAUUUGAUUUGCACCAUUUUUCCUCACUCCUUUCCCAAUAUUUUGAAAUGCUAAAGGGUGAUCUUGAACUGGGUGUGGUUCUUCUUCUCAUUUCCCUCACCCAUCAAGCCCUGGAUUUUGUCACGGUUUCAAAACCCUGGCAAAAACGCAGCAGGCUUCGUGAAUUCGGAGUGAAGGCACAGCAAUAUUCCAAAAGACAUUACAUUCAUGGCUUCAACAAUGUUCAAUAA